AGAUCCAUGGGGGCAGAAAGGGCAACAACGGACUUUAAAAUUUCUAGGGCUUAGAGGUUGCUGGCAUUAGCCUCCCUCUUCUAUAUAUCCUUAGAUCUGCAUUCUAAGGGUUAGGGGCGUGCUCGUUUCACUGGAACACACAAGUUCUCAAAACCCUCAUUCAAAAUGCCCAAGCAAAUUCAUGAGAUUAAGGAUUUCCUUCUCACUGCAAGAAGGAAAGAUGCACGCUCUGUGAAGAUCAAGAGGAGCAGGGAUGUGGUCAAGUUCAAGGUCCGCUGCUCCAAGUACCUCUACACCCUUUGUGUAUUUGACACUGAGAAGGCUGACAAGUUGAAGCAGUCUCUUCCUCCAGGUUUGAGCGUGCAAGAUCUGUAAAAGCUGGUGGUUGGCCUGUGGCUGUCAAUUAGUUUUCUAGGAGAUGAACCAGAAUUUCUCUUUUGUCACAUUCAAUUUUUGUGAUUGAAAUACUUGUGGAUUUUGGCUUGCUAUUUGAUCAUAUUGCGUAGUUUGUUGUAUAAGACUUGGAUUAUUCUGUUGAGAAAUUUACUAUGAGUUUUGAGUUUUGAUUGA